AUGAAAAUUGGUAAACUCUUCCAGAUAAAGAAAAUAAGAAAAGCAGAGGAUUUUGCGAAGCCCAAAUUCCAAAAGGAGUUUCAUUUUUUCCAAACAACCUCCAUCGAUGCCUUCUCGCCUUCGCUUCUCAACUUCAACUUGACGUUUGAUUGGUGGACUGGAUUUUGGAAAGCUACAGCUAGGGUUUUGAAUUUGAGAUCAAUAUCAGCUCGUUGGGAUAAAUCGGAUUGA